CCACCUUUAAUUCUGUAGGAUAACCAGCUUUCUCUACACGACAUAAAUUGAAAAUCAAACUCACCAUGGCCUCAAGCAUCCCCCUCCGCCCGCUCGCCUCCCAAUCGGAACUCCAAGCCUUCUACAUCGGAAAAGAUAUCAACGAUGUCCCCAAGCCAGCGGUCAUUCUCGACGUCGCCAUCAUCCGGCGUCACUGUGCAGCCAUGUUAGAGGCUACCAGAGAACUAGGCGUUGGAUUUCGCGCACAUGUUAAGACCCACAAGACGCCUCAAAUCGCCCACCUCCAAGUCGGCGACAUUCCAAACACCCCCGCCAACUUCGUCAUCUCCACCGUCUUGGAAGGCGAAACGCUUCUCCCUCUCUUCCAGGAGCUAUUCCGCGCCGGACGCCCAGUGAAUGUACUUUACGGCAUCCCGCUCGUCCCAUCGCAAGUGCCCCGUCUCGCCCAUCUCGCCAAACAAAUCGCCGCAGGCAGUAUCUCCGUGAUGAUCGAUCACCCGGACCAAAUCGACCAUCUGCGUGGAUUCCGCGACAUCGCGGGUUUCGCAGCGGGGGUAUUCCUCAAAGUAGAUUCAGGAUAUCACCGCGCAGGAUUACCCCCAGACGGGUUGAACAAGGGGGGACUAGUGGAGAAGAUCAUCACAAUGGAGAAAGAAGGUGUUAUUGAGCUGAUAGGAGUAUACUCCCAUAACAGUCUAAGUUACGCGGGAUCAACACUAGAGGAAGGGAUGCAGUUCCUAAGGGAGGAAAUCCUAGGAUGUCGAGAAGCCAUCAGACAACAUACACAUCUAUUGUCCGCGCGACAAGCCAAAGGCAAAGAAUUGGUGAUUAGCGUUGGGGCCACGCCGCAGGUCGUUUCAAUCAAGGGCCUCUUACAGGGUGGUGCGUUAAGUCCAUCGAGACACGAACUCAAGGCCUUAUUGCACCAAGAAGACUCGGACGACAUCGGCCGAAUCACAGUGGAAUUACACGCAGGCGUCUACCCCAUCCUGGACAUGCAACAACUCUCCACAAAUACGCAUACCGGCCCCGCGGAGGACGAAAUCGCCAUCUCCGUCGUCGCUGAAGUCUGCAGUGUGUACAACAACGCUGAGCGCUCAACUCCCGAGGCCUUAAUCGCCGCGGGCUCCUUAGCGCUAGGCCGCGAACCCUGCCCGUCGUAUCCGGGCUGGGGGGUGGUGUCGGAAUGGAGACGACCGAAGGGUCCGGGGCGGUUGAUUGUUCAACGGAUUAGCCAGGAACAUGCUAUUUUGGGGUGGGAGAAGGGGAAGGGGGGUGAGGAAGGGAUUCCACUACGGGUGGGACAAAGUGUGCGGAUCUUUCCGAACCAUGCGUGCGUGACGGGGGCGUUGUAUGGGUGGUAUUUGGUGGUGGAUUCGAGUCGGGAGGGAGAGGGAGAGGGGGAGAGGGUGGUGGAUGUGUGGACGAGGCCGACGGGGUGGUAA